AGCAGCAGCGUUGCGCACCGUUACUCGGGCUCUCCUCGCUCCGCCGGUAUGGCCCACCGCUGCGUGGGCAACUGCGCGACGCUCUUCUUCCUCGCUGUUUUUUUUGAUGCAGCUGGUCUGGUCGUGCUUCUGGUCGGGAUUUUCGGCAACCUGAACUUAAACGGUCGCUUCUAUGGGGAUUUCCUCAUCUACACGGGCUCGGUGAUUAUUUUCCUCAGUUUGGUGUGGUGGAUUCUGUGGUACACCGGGAACGUCCAGCUGUACGCGGAGGACAGGCCAGGCUCCCUGGACAUCAACUUUACGCACUGGGCCAGGAAGCUGUCCGAGAGGCUCUCCAAAGGCGGCACGAAGCCUCUGGGAGCCGGGGAGGAGAAGAAGAAGAGCAUGGGCAACGGGAAGGAGAUGAACGGGACUGUGCGCGCUCUUGCGCCGUCUCGGGUUACGUGGGAAGAGUGCAGCCGCAGCGGAGCCGUGUCGGGUCACGACAACAGAGGCUUUGAUGGAGGCACUGAGCGCGGACCUCCAGCUGACAAAAACGUGGAGUUGGGGGUGUUGAGGAGCUCAGACGUGGCUCUGCAGGCGGCGGGUGACAAAUUAGAGAGGCUUCUCUGACAGGGGUGAUGUCCACCUUUCCUGGUGCUGUAGGACAGGCUCCCGCCUCGAGCUGCUUUCCAACAUACUGGAAACAAAAGUCACUUUUUUUAAACGGGGAAGACAAUUUCUUAAUCAGGGAAAAGCCCUGCAUCCGCCGUGGGUGGAAGGGCUGUGCACAGAGGAAGAAGAGGUCUUUAACAUGUACAUAGCAAAUUUCUAUUUUUAUGUGCCGAUUUUGUGACAGAUGUAAAUUAUUUUUUUGGGGAAUAAAGUUUACAUGUAAUUUGA